CCCAGAAACACAAAGAAAAAUAUACACAGCUGAUCGAUCGAGCAGCAGAAACCUGCACGUCCAACCAACCAAAACCCAAGAUGUCGAGCUUCUUCCCAUUUCCGUCCGCCCCUCUCGCCGUUCUUCUCAUCGUCACGCUCCACGCCUCCGCCAUCCAUGCGCAGAUACCUGCCUCGGCAACGACCGGCGCCGCGGUGGCCGCCACAAACCCGCAGCCAGGAGGCAGUGGCACUGGCGGCGGCGUAGUGGGCGCGGGCGGGCCGGACGCGCCUCUGGAACUCUACAUGCACGACAUCCUGGGCGGGUCGAGCCCGACGGCGCGGCCCAUCACCGGUUUGCUGGGCAACAUCUACAACGGGCAGGUCCCCUUCGCGCGGCCCAUCGGCUUCAGCGCGCCCAGGAACGGCGUGGCGAUCCCCAACGCCAACGGGCAGGUGCCCACGUACAACGGCAACACCGGCAUCCCGCUGGACACCGGCUUGUCCGGCGCCGGGUUCUUGCAGCCAGGGACUGGGAACGGCGGCGGCGCGGCGGCGGCGGCACCGGCGCAGGUGCAGCUGGGCCCCGACGGCCUCAGCCUCGGGUUCGGCACCAUCACGGUCAUCGACGACGUGCUGACGAGCGGGCCCGACCUCGGCGCGCAGCCGCUCGGGCGCGCGCAGGGCGUGUACGUGGCGAGCUCCGCCGAUGGGUCGUCGCAGAUGAUGGCGUUCACGGCCAUGAUGGAGGGCGGCGAGUACGGCGACACGAUCAACUUCUUCGGGGUGUACAAGGUGGGCACCCCGCUGUGCCGGCUGUCCAUCACCGGAGGCACCGGCAAGUUCAAGGGUGCCUGCGGGUUCGCCGAGGUACGCCCGCUCAUCGCUUCCGGCCAGCACGUCACCGAUGGCGCAGAGACGCUGCUGAGGAUCACCGUCCAUCUUGCUUAAGUUGUGACCGUAAAGUAAGCCAGCGCUUGUCGGCUGUCGUGGCUGCAGUGAAGCCUGGGCUGUGUUGUUUCGGACGUGUCGAGGUCGUCGCCUCGUCGGUGGAUGCAUGCAUGCAUGCAAUUGCAAUGUAGUGUUUGCAUGGGUCAAAAAUUGUAUUCGCCUCGUCUGCAGGGUGUACUACCAAUUGUUAAAUUAAAGCAGUACAUGAUGUCGUGUGGUUAUUAUACAAAAGAUAAUUCACAUCCAUUUUCUUGCAUUUU